CGGACAGGAUGGCACCCAGAUGUCUGCAUAUCCUUGGCGCGCACCCUCAAUAGUCUUAAGUGCCCACCAGGGGCCUUGGCAUUUUCAUAGUUAAGGUCCUUCAGACCAAGCGAGUAUUUCCUGUCUUAGAUUUCCCUUUACGUUUAUUGUCUACCACGUGUUAGCUUAGAAAUUUGGUUUUCUCCACAUCUGGUAUGUUCCGUUGGCAACUUUCUCGCGAGGACGGCUAAAACCCUUCCUGGUCCACUAACCGUCUUAUUAUCCAAUCGGAGACGGUGUCUACUGCCCUCACUUCCUUAACCAAAAUUGUCAUCAACAAAUCCGAUAGUCCCGUGUCCUUAGACACACCCACCCCUUGCUUUCCUCAGACACAAUGACAAGAAUCCAUCUCCAUCUAUGUUAGAUAGUAGUAAACGGAGCAGUCGUUAUAAUGUUGCUGCAAAGCCUGCUACUUCGCCAAAAUUUGAAGAAAUUGUUUAUAAUCAAGCCAGACAAUCAAACACAAAUAAAAUUUUGCGAAGCGCUUUAAAGACGAAAUUAAUCGAAGACAAGUGUGAAAUAAUUAAUAAACAAAAGGCAUCGGAAAAUGUAGAAAAUAAAUUUGCCAAAGAAGAAAAAAGAGGUGUUAAACAAAAAUCAAUUUCAGAUAGUGAAAACGAAACAACUGAUACUCGUCAACGAAGGGAAGUUCUUUUAACGAACACAGCUAGUGAUAGCGAUAGGUAUAAAUCUGUAGAAAAUGAUAAUGCAGUAACGGGUGUAAUAGCAACUGAUGAAGCGAAACAUAGAGGCAGACCUAGGAGAUCGGAUAAAGUCGAAGUUAAAAAAGAUGAAGAUACAAGGAAGAUCCUACAAAAUGAGAAGGGUGGAUUAGAAGAACAAAGAAAACUCGAAGAAGAUACAAAAGAAGAAACUACAGAGACAGAAGUCAAUUCAAAAGGUAGAAGCCGCACUCAAAAUGAUAUGGAAGAUGUAGUAGAAGAUUCACAAGAAUUAUCUAAUAAAAGUAAGUUAUCAGAAAUAAGGAUUGCACUUAACAAAAUUGAAUAUACAAAAACUAUUUUACGGAAUAAAAAGAAUUCAUUAGAAAGAGAAAGAGGAGUAAGGGAAAAGAAGAAAAUGUACAGACAGAAAUUAUUUCAAAAAAUAUAUCAGAUGAUAAAUGUGAUUUGCUUUAGAAAAAAAAAAAAAAUAUUAUCCACAAACUACAUUAGGAAUUUAUCUAUUUUAGUGAGGAGAAAGAGAAAGGAUAGAGGAGUUGAUCAAUAGACUGUGGCUUUUGAAGCGUUUAUGAAAAACUUACAAUUUUAAUAAAAUAUUCAAUGUAAAGUCUUUGUUAUAAUAUUCAAAUAAAUAGAUGAAAAAAAAACUGAAUUUGCAUAAUUACUCAUGGCUUAUUGAUCAAUCAUGCGACUCGUUCAGAGGUAACUCGAGUUGUAAAGGCGACAAUUUAUUAAAAAUGGUAUAUCUGACGUACGAUGCAUUUGCUCAUGUUAAACUAUUUAAAUAAGUAUAAAAAUCACGCGAAAAAAAAUCUACUGAAAAUAAUGUUGAACUAGUUAAUAAUAAUAAAUCAUAUAGUGAAACACAAACCUUAAAUCAAGAUUUUAAGUUCAACAAAAAAAAAAAAAGAAAAAAAGAAGAAAGAAGUUGAUAAAAUGACAGCAACAUGUAGCAGCAGGCGAGAGAAAAUAAACCAAAUUUCUAAAAGAAGAAACGAUGCUCAAGAACUCGAAAUUUCUCGAGUGGAUAUGCUAAACAACGAAUUUAAUGAACAGUUGAAAGAACGUGAAACAGCAAUAGAAGACUUACAUCAAAUGUUAAAGCAUCAAUAGGAAAUUCAUAAAGUUACCUUAAAUGAAGCAAGUUUGAAAAUAGGAGAACUCUCUGAUAAAAUUAAAUGUUUUAAAGGAAAAGAUAGCCAGAUACCGAAACGUAAUAAAUUACUCGAAGAAGAACAGAAUAAAUGGAGAAGUUUAGAAAAAAUGAUUACAGAAAGACUUGAAGAAGAAAAAUCCCGUUAGGAAACAGCUGAAGACGAAGUGAGAAAGCUUUCCAAAUAUAACGAGCAACUUCUAAAAGAUUAUCAAGAAAUCCAUAAAAAAAAAAAGAGAGAGAGAAAGGAAAU